AUGACGUUGCCAAUUAAACGUCUGGCCGCACUUACCUGUCCUACAUGCCUACCCUGCAAAGGCCGGGAAACUCUUAAUCCCUCGGACGAUGGACAACUUUCCGCCUUAACACCACCCAACGCAAUGCCUCCACACGUCCCGCGCAAGCGGCUGCGCGAGGAUUCGCCUGUCAAAUCAAGCCCGAAACGCCACCAGGCAGCCAAAGGGCAGUCAAACCCCGUCGCGGCAUCCACCCGCAGGAAGCCGACUCUGUACGAUGAUCUGGAUGCUACCAUCACGCCUGACUCGUCUAGGGUCGGCCGCCCUGACCUAGAUGUCGUGAGCGAUAGCGACGAGGACAGUUCGUUGAGCGACUUAUCCGACGGCGAUUUUGAGGAUGUCCCCGUCGCAAACGGACGGAAAGCCGAGGAACCAUCUGACGAUGACGAUGACGAUGACGAAAACGACGACGUCGAGUUUGAAGAUGUUCCUGCUCCAAGAACAACCCUGGCUAAGGCAGCUACGACAUCCCAAGACCUCCAGCUUACUCUUGACGCCGGACUUGGAACCGCCAUGACCGAUCCUUAUGGCGACAAGAAGGGACCAACGAAGCGCGAAAAGAAGAUUCGAAUGGUAACCCAUUGUAUCCACGUCCAAUAUCUUCUUUGGCAUAACGCGCUUCGAAAUUCGUGGAUUAGCGAUCUCGAAGUCCAAGCAAUCAUGAUGUCCCACGUCCCACCCCGUCUUUGGGAAGACGUCGAGAGGUGGAGGAGAGCUAGCGGACUGGACGCAAAGCCGGAGAAAGCUCCGCCGAAACCGGCCAAGCCGACCAAAAAGACCAGAAGCAAGGCAAAAGGAAAGAAGGUCGAGGACGAAGACUCUCGAGAUUGGGGUCCUGCCGCUGAGAGACUGGAUGAAGGGGCUGUCGAUAUGAGCCAUGGUGAUCCACUCUUCAGACUCAUGAAGUCUCUUGUGGCCUGGUGGAGGCAACGCUUUCGAGUCACCGCGCCGGGCAUUCGGAAGUGGGGUUACAUGCCCCCCGAACGGCUUGGCAGACUGCGAAAAGCUUGGGAGACGGAGGAUCAUGAUCAGGAGCGUUUCGGAGAACGACUCAACGGACUCGUAGGCUUGCGAUUGUGCGCCCAAGAAUGUGCAGGGAGUCGGGAUGUGGGAUCGCAACUAUUUACAGCCCUUAUGAGGGCUCUGGGGUUGGAGGCACGGAUGGUCUCGAACCUGCAGCCGUUAGGCUUCGGAUGGACGAAGCUGGAGGAGGCAGACCCCGAAAAGGAGAAGAGCUCAUUUCAGGUCACUAGCAAUGAUGCGAGGAGCGACGAUGGCAGGAACGGUGAAAAGACCGGCGGGAAGACGAAGAAAACGGCAAAGAAUCUCCCGGCGAAGAAGAGCACGGCGCCAGCACGAAACGCCAGCACGAGGCGCGCAAGCCAAAAGAAGAUCGGUAUUGAAAUAGAUGGCUCGGAUGACGAGCUCGGCUUGGAGCAUCCAGACAGCGACGACGAAUCGAUCGUAGAGCUGGAGGUGACUCCGCGGAAGCCUCUGGCGGUGUCCAAAAAGUUCGAUAAGGACCUGGAGUUUCCUCAUUACUGGACGGAGGUUCUGUCACCAGUGACAAAGAAGUAUCUACCGGUUGACCCCAUCGUCAAGAAUGUCAUUGGAACCAACCGAGACCUGAUUGAAUCCCUAGAGCCGCGUGGCGGGAAGGCGGACAAGUCAAAGCAGGUUGUGGCGUACAUCGUUGGCUUCUCACCGGAUGGGACAGCCAAGGACGUCACGGUCCGUUAUCUCAGGAAACAGUUAUGGCCUGGCCGCACGAAAGGCUUUAGGAUGCUACCAGAGAAAGUUCCGAUUUACAACCGUCACGGCAAAGUGAAGCGAUACGAUCAGUUCGACUGGUUUAAGUCGGCUAUGAAGGGCUAUGCGAGGGGCGACCGAAAGCACCCACUUACAGAAGAGGACGAAGCCGAGGAGUCGACGGACCUGACCCCAGCCCAACCGGAAAAGAAGGAGGUGAAGGAGGGCAGUGAGACUCUGGCGUACUACAAGCAGUCGAAGGAGUUCUGUCUCGAGCGCCACCUCAAGCGAGAGGAGGCUCUUUUGCCCGCGUCUAAUCCCGUCAGGACAUUCAAGAACAAAUCAAAGGGCGGAGAGAUAUCCGAAGAGCCAGUGUAUUCGAGGAAGAACGUUGUCAAUGUCAAGAGUGCAGAAACAUGGCACAAGCAGGGUAGAGCACCCAAGCCUGGCGAGCAGCCGCUCAAGAGGGUGCCGUACCGCGCGGCCACGACCAACAGGCGCCGCGAGAUCGCCGAAGCCGAGGCCCUCAGCGGCGAAAAGGUCCUUCAGGGAUUGUACAGCUUUGACCAGACAGAUUGGAUUAUCCCGCCACCUAUCAAAGACGGGAUCAUUCCAAAAAACGAAUACGGCAACAUCGACUUAUUCGCCGAACACAUGUGCCCUGAAGGUGCCGCCCAUGUUCCAUUCCGAGGGGCUGUCAAGGUCUGCAAACGGCUCAAGAUCGACUACGCCGAGGCCGUUGUGGACUUUGAGUUCGGAAACCGAAUGGCAGUGCCCGUCAUUCAAGGUGUUGUCAUCGCCGAGGAAUACCAUGACCAGGUGAUGGAAGAAAUCCGCAAAGACGAGGUGGAAAGAGCACGCAAGGAGGACGAGAAGCGGCGCAAGGAGGCGCUCAGAGUGUGGAACAAGUUCUUGAAGGGGCUCAGAAUCGUCGAGCGCAUUCGCCAGGACUACGGACAAGUCGACGACAGUGUUCCGGUUUUCCAGAAAGGAGCGGCCAAAGCCGUCCGACACAUUCGCGAUGCGGACGAAGAGGAAGAGGCAAAUCAGAUGGACGCAGAAGAGAUGCGCAUGAGGGAGGAGCAAAUGGCUGGUGGUUUUUUCCCAGAAGGCCACGAGGAGGAAGAGGUCGAGCAGACACAGCGGUUCACUUCUGGGUUCUUCCCAGUGGUCGACGAGGGCGACGAAGACCGCGACAUGGAAGAUGCCUUGGUCGUGGACCACGGCGGCGAGGAAAAACUGGACACGAUGGAAGAUGGAGAUGGUACCGCCGACGCCGAAGAGGCUUUCCCAGAUGCGGAACCCCUGCCUGCGCCGGUGAGGGCCGAACCGAAGCCGAAGAAGAAGGCGGCGACGAGGCGAUCGACGAGACGCAGGCGAAGACCUGUUCCCGACAGCGAGGACGAAGAUGAGGGGGAGGAUGACGACAGUUUUGUGGCCUCGGACGACAAUUACGAGUGA